AUGACCGACCUGAAACUCUGCACCAAGAUUGGAGAAUCGUACGCGUUCGACCAGUGGGGCAACGACUUCCACGAAGACGGCCUUCCUACCCCACACCUUCUUGAGCAAUGGAGCGAAAGGAGUAAGCAGAACGCUGGCAUGCGGCUGGAAGAGAUGCCCAGCUUCAAGUUGUGGAAGAGCGCCAAGACGAGUCAUGCGGAGUCGAGCGGCGGCGGCAGUCACUUCUACGAGUACACCCCGAGCUUGGACGAGAGGCAGAUGAAUGAAGCUGUGAGGGAGUAUGGAGAAGAGCUAGAGAUGACCACAAGCGAAGGCCGAUGGUCACGUUGCUGGAACGAACAUGCUGGCCGAGUAUCGGAAGCUGCUUGA